CCACCUACAUAUCAACAGAAGAAAAAGAAGAUGCAGGAUAAUGGGCCCUGACAGCAGUGAUGGCGUUACUUCGUGUGCUUGUAAAGGUAUCCGGCGGUGUCUCAAGUGUGAAAAGUUAAGGGGAAAGGGACAGUUGGAGGCGAAUGAACCAAAGCUUGUGCAUCAUUUACUCUACGAUCCUGAGACGGGGCUUGCCAUUCACAAAGAUGCCGAGGCUACGUCCUUCCCCUUUCCUGGUGUCUUCCUCCGGGAGAACUUCGUAUCAGAAGAGGAGGAGAAAAACCUGAUAAGCACGAUGGACCAAGAUGUGUGGAAUGAGUCCCAGUCUGGUCGAAGGAAACAGGACUUUGGUCCAAAAGUUAACUUCAAGAAAAGGAAAGUGCGUAUAGGUGGCUUCAGUGGACUGCCUGCUUUGAGCCAAAAACUAGUGCUCCGAAUGCAGCAAGAGCCAAGUCUCGGAGGCUUUCAACCAGUGGAGCAGUGCAAUCUGGAUUACCAUCCUCAGCGAGGCUCCGCCAUCGAUCCACACCUAGACGACUCCUGGCUGUGGGGGGAACGCCUGGUCACCAUCAACAUGUUAUCGGACACUACACUCACCAUGUCCCUCGAACAGGGUCUGCCAGAGUUGGGACUAGCAGGGGAAGUCCACGUAGCUGUGCAUCUUCCUCGCAGAUCUUUAGUAGUGUUAUACGGCGAGGCGCGGCACAGAUGGAAACAUGCCAUUCAUAGGGACGAUGUUCAGGAGCGCAGAGUUUGCAGCACCUACAGAGAGCUGUCUGCAGAGUUUCUACCUGGAGGGCAGCAGGCAGAGCUGGGAACUCAGCUGUUGAACAUUUCUUUGAGCUUCCAAGGAACGCCAAUAUAGGCUCAUCUGAUGAUGCAGAGGAAGGCUGGACUACCAGAGGUGGGGGUCCAGACUCCUGACUUGAUAGAUUCAAUUUUAAACUCAUUUCUAUCAAAUAAAAUUAUAUGAAUGUAGUCUUUA